GACGGCGCGCCUUUUCCUUCACCGCUGCUGCGGGCACCAGAGGCUGAGGCUCGUUCGGCAGUUUUGAGGGCUUUUUGGGAGCCUUUUCUGAUUAGGCGGGGCAGCGGAGGUGUUCGCACGGUGAUUGGUCCGGCUUGCAUUCCAAACGCUCUGAUUAGCCGAUUGCCGCUGAACUCUGCGUGGCGCGAAGAGGGGGUCUGUUCAUUUUGCUUCCGGCCGGGGACCUGAGCGGGAUGGCCGGGGCGGCUCCGUCGGCGGCUCCCUCGUGGGAGUUCCAGCUGCCUUUGUCUCCCGCCGACUUGCUGCGCGGCGGGGAAGCCUCGCAGUACGUGGUGCAGGAGGUGCUGCCGCUGAAACAGCUCCCGGGGAGCCUCUCAGAAUUCCGGGCAGUGUUCCGCACACAAGGCGCUCUUGCUAUCCUGCAGCAUUUUGAUACUGUCUACAGCAUUUUACACCACUUCAGAGCUGUGGAUUCUGCCGUUAAAGAAGAUGCUCUAGAACUGAUGAUGAAAGUGGCGACCACUCACUCCAGCGACCUGACCUCCGUCUUGAGUGAUGCUGAUCUGGUGCCCUCGGUUCAGGCUCUUCAUCUUAAUGCUCUUAAAAUGAACUGCUAUCUACUUGUACGUCUCGUAGAGGCUUUUGAAACAGAAUCUGGGAAGAGCAACCUGGUGGGGCUGGAUUCCAAGAGGAAGAGCAAGAAGAGCCAGGCUAAAGGAUUUCUGUGGGAGGACGAAAGACAGUCAGUCUUGCAGCUGCUGACGCAAUUACUUCAGCUGGACCUUCAUCGUCUGUGGAACGGCUUGGUCGUGGAGGAAGAAUUUGUCAGUUUAGUGACUAGCAGCUGUUACCGCAUCCUGGAAAAUCCUACCAUUGGGCACCAGAGACAUCGAUCUACACGAGAGGCAGCAAUCCAUCUACUAGGUGUUGCUUUGCGACGUUAUGACCAUAUGCUCAGUGCCACUCUGAAGGUCACACAAAUGCUUCAGCACUUUGAGCAUGUGGCCCCAGUGUUUGUAGAAGCUGUGAGUGUCUGGAUCAAGGAGUAUGGUAUGAAGAGCAUUGUUGGGGAGUUAUUAAGGGAGAUUGGACAGAAGUGCCCUCAAGACCUGGCCCGGGAUGCCUCAGGAAUGAAGGGCUAUGCUGCCUUCCUUACAGAACUAGCUGAACAAAUGCCAGCCAUUGUGUUGGCCAACAUGAGCGUCCUGGUUCAUCACCUGGAUGGAGAGAGCUAUGGGAUGCGUAAUGCCAUUUUGACUGCAAUGGCUGAAGUGCUGCUGCAGGUCCUAAAUGGAGAGCAACUCGAAGAAAGCGCCAGAAGCACAAGGGAUCAGUUCUUGGACACUCUCCAGGCACACACGUGCGAUGUCCAUGGCUUUGUGCGCAGCCGUGUGCUGCAGCUUUUCACCCGAAUUGUGCAACAAAAAGCUCUGCCUUUAACUUGUUUCCAGGCUGUCGUGUGCCUUGCUGUGGGUCGCCUACAGGACAAAUCAGUAACUGUUGUUAAGAAUGCUAUUCAGCUGCUGGCUGCCUUCCUUUCCAACAAUCCUUUCUCCUGUAAGCUGAGCUGCACAGAGUUAACUGAUCUACUUGCAAAAGAAAGGCAGAAACUUCAGGAAAUGAAAAAACGCAGAACCACAGCCGUGGUGAUUUCCCCAGAGGAGGAAUGGGAAGCAAUGCAGCCAGAGAUCCAGGCGACUUUGAAGAGUUGUCUUUCCUCACAGGAACAGGAAGAAGAACUGAACCAGAAUCAGCUUGAGAUGGAGGACUCAGCACAGUUAUCCAAAAGUGUUGUCCAGCUCUUGAGAAAAUCCAAUUACAAGAGUGCCAUCCGUCUGACACAAGAAGGGAUCCACCGCUUCCAAGGAGAGGAACCCUUCACCAGUCCAAGAAGAGAGAGUGAUGAUGAAGGUUUUAUCCUGAGCACACUGAGAACAUUCUACCUAGGUUCCCAGGCUGAAACCAGUGUUCAGGAAUCGACAGAUGAUGUACAGAAUGGUGGGAACAAAGAGCACGUUCUAGAGGAGGAGCAGGCGCCAGCAGAGUUGGUGAAGCAAGAGAUGCUGGUACAAUAUUUACAGGACGCCUACAACUUCUCUGCAAAAAUCACCGAAGCCUUGAGCAUGGUCUCCAAACUGAUGUAUGAAAAUUCAGUCUCUGUGGUACAAGAAGCUAUUGAAUUCUUUGUGGUCGUUUCUCAGUUUGGCAUCCCUCAGGCAGUUCUUGGAGUUCGCCAAAUGCUCCCCCUCAUAUGGUCAAAGGAACCGGGCAUCAGAGAAGCUGUGCUGGAUGCCUACAGGAGGCUUUAUCUAAACCCUAAUGGAGAGACUGAAAGGUUUGCACGAUCCUCUUCCUCAAGCCACAGCACAUGGGAGUGUGUUCACACUCUCUCUCCCCUGAGAAUCUCUGAGUUUGUGCAAAAAGAUGAAAUAAAACCUGCUGUGGUCCAGCUGCUCUGGGAGCGAUUUACGGAGAAAUCACAGUGCUCAGGGUUGGAGCGCCGUGCUGCCCUCAUGCUUUUGGGGAUGAUGGCAAGGGGGAACCCUGAGAUUGUGGGGAGCAACCUUGACGUUUUGGUAAAAGUGGGGUUGGACGAGAGAGCACAUGAAGAUUAUCACCUUGCCCGGGAAGUAUGCCAUGCUAUCUCCAAAAUUGGUAAUAGCCAGAAGCCUGGCCUCGGGAAGAACAGCAGUGCCCCCUUCCGGCUUCUGCAGUCACACAUUCUCUUUGAACGGCUACAAGAGGUCGUGACGGCGGGCUUUGGAAGAUCAAGUGCACACUGGAUCCCAUUCACCGAGACAGCAGUCGCUCUCAUCUAUCAGUUGGCAGAAGGACCUGAGGAAAUAUGUGCUCAGAUCUUGCAGUCUUGCAGCCAACGUGCCUUGGAGAAGCUGCAGGAAUCUGAAAGGACUGAAACAGAACCCGGAUCUUCUCCCAGUGAAACCGGUGGUGAUUCUAGCACGGUGGAUACUGUCGUGUUAACACAUUUGGUCUCCCUCGCGGGGGAUGUGGCUUUGCAGCAGCUUGUACAUCUCGAGUUAUCCGUGAGCAAUGAGCUACGCAGGCGCCGGAUCCUUGGAGAAGAGCAAGAAGCAAAGGAGCAGGCUGCCAGCAAGACAAAGGACAAGAAGAACAAGAGUACUGGGAAUGAGACCACUAUGGAAGAGGACCUUGGGUUGGUGGGGGCCUCUGCUGAGGACGCAGAAGCAGAGCUCAUCCGCACCAUCUGUGAGACGGAGCUGCUGGACGGAAAACAACUUAUUUCCGCCUUUAUUCCCCUGGUGCUCAAGAUUUGCAAUAACCCAGGACUUUACAAUGAUCCAGCCCUCUCAGCAGCAGCUGCCUUGGCCCUUGGAAAAUACUGUAUGAUCAGUGCAGGAUUCUGUGAUGCUCACUUGCGUCUCUUCUUCACGAUGAUGGAAAAAUCCACUCACUCCAGCGUGCGUGCCAACCUCAUGAUUGCCGCUGGGGACCUGGCGAUCCGUUUCCCCAAUGUGGUGGAACCUUGGACGUCCCACCUCUACGCCAGGCUGCGUGACCCUUGUCAGUACGUGAGGCAGACAGCUGCUUUGGUCAUGACUCACCUGAUCCUGAAGGACAUGGUAAAAGUGAAGGGGCAGGUGAGCGAAAUGGCAACGCUUCUUAUUGAUCCAGAGGAAGAGAUCGCGAGACUGGCGCAAAACUUCUUCACUGAACUCUCCAGCAAGGACAACGCUGUGUACAACUUGCUCCCAGAUAUGAUCAGCCGUCUCUCUGACCCAGACUCUGGCAUAGAAGAGCAGCCUUUCCAUACCAUUAUGAGGCAGCUUUUCUCUUUUAUCACCAAAGACAAGCAGACCGAAAGCCUAGUGGAAAAGCUUUGUCAGCGGUUUCGGACAGCUCGGACAGAGCGUCAGCACCAUGAUCUGGCGUACUGCCUUACGUUGCUUCCUCUCACGGAGCGAGGUCUCCGCAAGAUGCAAGACAACUUUGAUUGCUUUGCUGAUAAGCUGCAGGAUGCAACGGUGUACAGUUGUUUCUUGGCUGCCCUAGGCCGGCUUCGCAGGGUGGCCAAUAAGCCUGAGAUGAAGGCUCUUACUGAAGAAUUUGAGCAGAAGCUCCGAACGUGCCACAGCAAGGGCCUGGACUCCUCCGCUGAAACUCCUGGGACAUCCAAAGGCCAAGACCACAGAAAUACAUCUGUCUGCCCUACAGCAAAGAAAGGAGCAUCAAGGUCCCGCCGGCAACCGCUCCGUGCAGCCAACAGAGACACUGGCUCUCCUUUCAUCACUCCAGAACCUCGUCUCUCCAGAUCCCGCAGAAAGACUUCACGGCGCAAAAUUUCUAUUGUCUUCUCUAGCGAUGAGGAGAACGACCUAGAGGAAGAACUCGAAGCUGAACUUACAGAGGAGGAGACACCUUUGAAAACUACCCCCAUUUCUCGCACAUCAUCCCGUCGUGUUCAGUGAUGCUGUUUUUUAGACGCUCUAGGAUAAUGGGGGAAUAAAACUUCAGGUUCCAGAAGACCUGCAUCUCCCAGAUUUUUAUAUGAAGACGAUGCAGAAUGUUUUAGCUUAUAUUUGGAGACCAUGCAUUAUGAUGUGAAGACGGCUCAUCCUCUCAGCUUUAGGCCGAUGGAUGAUGUUAUGUACUGACCCACGUGUACACCUGUCAGCUCUGCUGGGUGGGGCUCCGCCUAUUGCAUGCAACUUCGCCGCCCCACCUGCCAUGCAGGGUUCCAUCACGACCAGAACCUAAAGUGAUUGUUAGGCGGAGGGGGAAGAUGGCUGCAGAGGGAGGCAGAGGCACUCGUGUGCGCGCACCUAGCUUAGAAGGAACCUUGAUACUGAUGCAUAAAGUAAUGAAAAAAACAGUAUAAACCUUCAGUAAAUAUGAGCCAUUUCCUGCUAA